GAUUUCUCAAAUAUAACUGGCAACCAUAAGCUACAUCACUUGACACGGAGAAGAGGGGAUGAAUAACACGAGAGUUUAAAAUCCCAGAAAAACAAAACAAACUGAACUGAGAUCUGUUUGGCUGGUUGUGAUGUUUGAUUACCAAAAUGAAUCCUUCGCCCUCGUUGUGUCGUGUGUGUUUGGCCGAAGCCUCAAAUAUGCUGGACCUGUACAGCAGCUACGAGAUUCAAUCUAUUCCCACCUUUAAACCCACGACGACAUUUCCUAUAGGAACAAAUAAAUCAUUAGAGCUCCUGGGUGAAGAUUCCUCAUCCUGCUUCAGUCUGCUGACUAACCAGCACCACAAGCUUGAAGAGACCGAAAUGAAGGAAACUGUCCAUCUGGGUAUGAUCUAUCAACAACUGACCGGAUUGUCUAUCGAGGACCAGCAAAUUCCGACGGCGGUUUGCUUGCGCUGUACAGAGCGACUGAAGGAAUUCUAUCUGUUCCGGAAACGGGCCACAAAGGUUUACGAAGAGCUACAAACCAAAGCUAACAUUGCAGCCAUAAUAAGUCAGCUGGAUCAGCAAAGCAGUGUGGGAAGCGUGAGAAACGAUAGACUGGAGGAAGACUUCACCGAAGAUUUCAUAGCUGGACAGGAACUAGCAGAUGAAAAAAACAGAUUCAAGAAACCACUAGCGGCUGGUGAAAAACGCUGUGAAGUAUGUCAGAAAGUUUUUAAAAAUAAGAAAAUGCUUGCUCGCCAUCAGGAAAUUCAUGCCAAGGAGAAUCAAUACAAAUGUCGCUACUGUGGCCGAUGGUUCAAAGCCAGAAGUAGCUGGUACAAUCAUGAGCUGAAGCAUCGGAAUGCAGUUGGGAGGACAGAAAAAUUGGAGCGAGAAUUCCUGUGCGACAUAUGUGCAAAAACUUUUAAAACCCGCUACCAACUGAAGGAACACACAGAAAUAGUUCACCAAGGGACAAAGCGCUUCCGGUGUGAUAUUUGCAGUAAAACUUUCACUAGAAAUGGCUCACUAGCUGAGCAUAAACUGAUUCAACACGCCGAAAUCAAGCAGUUCUCGUGUGGCAUUUGCUCGAAAUCAUUCGGUAAAGAAGAUUCGCUUAAGACUCAUCUCACGAUACAUUUAGGAAAGCCUUUUCAAUGUGAAAUUUGCAGCAAAGGCUUUGCUAAGAAAGCAUUCCUGACAGCACAUAUUUCCAAGUUCCACCCAUCAAAGGAGGGCCCAAAAGUGAAUUGCUGUGAUAUUUGCGACAAACGAUUCAGCACAUCCGGUCAUCUCAAGGAUCACAUGAAAAUUCAUUCUAACGAAAAGCCAGAAAAGUGCAAAUUUUGCGGUGCCUCUUUUCGACAGAAGCAACAAUUGAAAGUACAUCUCUAUCAGCAUUUGGGAAAACCUUUCAAAUGUCAAUUUUGUACGCAGGAAUUCGGAAUCAAAUGUCGAAUGGUAGCUCAUUUAGAAAAGAAUCAUUCAACAGAGUUGCAGAAUCUUCGGAACCAAUCGCUUGCCCAGCAAAAUUCAGAUCCGAUGGCAAUUCCACCAGACUUUGGUGAUGGAGCAAUUAAUGAAGAAAUUCUAAACGAAAUUUGCUAUCAGAUUGACGCGAACCAAAUAAUGUUACAAAACAUCGAUGCCGGAGACGAAGGCGUUGUUAAUUUAAUUUACAGUAGUAACGAGAAUAUUGUGUUCUUUGACGAUCCAAACAAUUUAACCCUGCCGGAAGAAAUAGACCCUGCCAUUUGCCAGUUAUACAGUGAUUUUGCUAACGAAAGUCACGCCAAUAUCAGAGGUCAAUCCAAUAAAAAUGCUCAAUAACCCAAUAACUGCAUUCAUUUUGUGAUACAUAAUAAAAAAAAAUUGACAAA